UUUUUAUGGUUGAAUUUAGUGGAAAGAUUUGAACUUUAGAAUGAAAAAAGUUGGAUUUUCUGGUUAAUUGUUGAUUCUGUGAUCAUUUGGUGAGUUGGGUUUUGGUGAAUUUAUUGGUUUGUUUCUCUGUUUUGGGGGAUUUUGUUGAAGUAGUCAGCAUUAGGAGGUGAGUUUUGUAUCAAGAUUUGAACACUAGGAAGAUAACAUUUGCAUGUUUAUGAGAAGAAUGAGGACAAUGAGAGGUGAAGUAGGAGUAUUGAGGGAACAACAAUGACUACAGAGUCAUUGGGUUUCUGUCCUUCUGGAAGUUAUGGUUCUUUUGCUGCAAUAAUUCUGCUACAUCACAAACUACACCCUGAAAGCCACCAAAAAUGUUUAAGGAGAAAGAAGGAUUGUUCCCCGGGAUUCACAAAUUCGCACCAAGAAAGAAGGUGGGGAUGCUUCUACUGUGUGCAGUUUCACUAGCAGUUUUCCUGUGGGUCGUGUUUGUUGACAAAGGUGAAGCACAAGAAAGUAACCCCCCCAUAGGCAAUAGGUUAUUUCGAGAAGCUGGACAGAAGGAUAAUUCUACUACUAUUGAGUCGGUAGAACGAACUAAUGCUGGACAAAGUGCAUGGACUGUCCAACCUCCUCCUCCUGUAUAUUUUAAAGGAUACACUCUUCCUCCUGGGAAUCCAUGUGAAAGCUUCACAUUGCCACCCCCGCCAGCAGAUAAAAAGAGGACGGGACCAAGGCCAUGUCCAGUAUGCUACCUCCCUGUUGAACAAGCUAUUGCACUAAUGCCUGAUGCACCAUCCUUUUCUCCUGGGGUUAGCAAUUUGACUUACAUUCAUGAAGAAAAUUCAGAGAAACCCGAGUUCGGAGGAUAUCCUUCACUGGUGCAAAGGAAUGAUUCAUAUGAUGUAAGAGAGUCCAUGAGUGUGCAUUGUGGAUUUGUUAAAGGAAUCAGGCCUGGACAUCAAACAGGUUUUGACAUUGAUGAUUCUGACCUUCAUGAGAUGGAAUCUUGUCGAGGUGUCGUUGUGGCAUCAGCAAUAUUUGGCGCUUUUGAUUUGAUAAGGCAACCAAAAAAUAUCAGCGAAUAUGCCAAGAAAAAUGUCUGCUUCCAUAUGUUUGUGGAUGAACAAACUGAAGUUUUUUUAAGAAACUCUAGUGAGCUAGAUGGUUCCAUGAGAGUUGGCUUAUGGAAAAUUGUCACUGUUCACAACCUCCCUUAUGAUGAUCCGAGGCGAAAUGGGAAGGUUCCAAAGCUUCUGCUUCAUAGGAUCUUUCCCAAUGCUCGUUAUUCUCUGUGGAUUGAUGCAAAACUUGAGCUGGUUGUCGAUCCCUAUCAAAUACUUGAAAGGUUCUUGUGGAGAAAAAAUGUCAGCUUUGCAAUAUCAAAGCAUUAUAGGCGCUUUGAUGUGUUUGUAGAAGCAGAAGCUAACAAAGCUGCUGCAAAGUUUGACAAUGCUUCCAUUGACUUUCAAGUUGAAUUCUAUAAAAAGGAAGGUCUAACUCCUUAUUCCGCAGCUAAACUUCCUAUUACAAGUGAUGUCCCUGAGGGAUGUGUAGUAGUAAGGGAGCACAUUCCAGUUUCCAAUCUCUUUGCUUGUCUUUGGUUUAACGAAGUGGAUCGUUUUACUCCAAGAGACCAAAUUAGCUUCGCCAUUGUGAGGGACAAGAUCAUGUCAAAGACAAAUUGGACAUUGAAUAUGUUCUUGGACUGUGAAAGACGCAACUUUGUGGUUCAGGGGUACCACCGCGACAUUCUUGAGCACUGGUCUUCCCCACCUCCCCCUGGUGCUACUGAAAUUAUUCAUCCUCCACCGCCUGUACCUGAUGAAACCCCGCAGACCUCAAGCAACAUUACAACGUCAAGUUCAGUUACUGAGCCAUUAAAGAAGGUACCCUCAAAGCGCGGGAGAGACAGGAAAAAGCGUCAUAGAAAAGUUAUUGGAAAUUUUGCUUAAGCAAAUUCUUGUUUUUUUUUCCCUUAGCUGUUACAAGGAUAUGAAUUUUGCGGU